AUGACUUCAUUGGCUAUCUUACCACAAUUAAAGAGAACUAUAACAGACAUCAUGGAUGAAGAAUUGUAUCAAUCUCCUUCAUCACCUACCGUCAACAAUAUUAACGGUAGUAAUUUUAACUCCAACAGCAACCUUACAGCUAAUGCAAGCAAUAAUAACAAUUUUAAUCAAACCAAUAGUCCCAACACAUUUUAUAAUGCCCCUUUUAAUAAUAACAGCCAACAAACAAAUUAUAACUACAACUCAUCAAGAAACUCAUUCAACUCAUCACCAAAUUUAACUACUACAUCUAAUUUACCUCCGCCUCCUCCAUCUACAAACUUCAAUUUAGGUAAUGUUCUAAAUAUACCUGACUCAUUUUUAGAACAAUUGGCAUCACAAGAAUAUAUUGAUCAUUUGAAAUCACAACAGCAACAACAACAACAACAAGUUAUGUUUGAUUCGGAUGAUUUUUUUGCUCAAGAUUUCACAUCUCAACAACCUCAACAAAUUAAUCCAUUCAACGAUUACGGUAACCCAAACUCAUUUAUCAGACCACUUCAACAACAACAGCAACAACAACAACAAGCUCAACAAGAUGCUAAUGCCAACGCGUCAUUACCACAAACAUUCCCAACUAGAAGAAGAAGAAAGAUUACUUUGUUGAAUGAAGGUAUUGACGGUGCAUCUUCUCAUAAAAAGAAGCAUUUUGACGAAGAAUACAUGUUGUACAAUCCAGACAUUUCUCCAGGUCAAAUCAUUAACCAAAAUGAGUUUGACUCAUCUUUGAUUAUUCCACCAAACAGUAAUGACUUGUUUUUAUCUGAACAAGAUCAAUCUAAUGCUGCUGCCAGUGAUUUGAUUAUUCCUGGUUACGAAAAUGAUUAUUUGUUUUUGGAUGAAGAUGAUGAACAAAUAGAAGAGGAUGUUUCUGAUGAUGAAGGUGACGAUAAUUACUUUCAAGUUGACGAAGAAUUUGACGACUUUAUGAUGACAAAUGGUAACUCCAACUUUGAUGAUUUCUCCAACUUUGAUAAUUACAACAAUGAUACCAUGAAUGGUGCCAUCAAACUUGAAGAAGAUGUACUGGAAUUUGAGCAACCAAGAGAAGUCUCUCCAUCUGCUAUUUCUUCCCAAGAUAAUGAUGAUAUGAUGGUUGAUGUUGAAGAAGAAGCUGUUGCUGAUAAACCAGAACCAGCUGUAACUCCAGCACCACCUGCGAAACACACAACCAAAAAGUCUAGUGGUAAGGAAGGUUCUAGUAAAUCCAGGAAACAUCAUUCUUCUCAUUCUAUUUCUGGUGCUGAAAUCACUGCUAAUAAUCCAAAUCAUCAAUGUAAUUUGAUCAAUCCAAGUACUGGUGAACCAUGUAACAAGCAAUUUUCUCGUCCAUAUGAUUUAAUUAGACAUCAAGAUACUAUUCAUGCAACCAUGAAGAAGAUUUUUAGAUGUGUUAUUUGUGAAGAUAGAUUACAUGGUGGUCCAGGUAAUUGUAAGGACAAAACAUUUUCAAGAGGUGAUGCAUUAUCUAGACAUAUUAAGAUAAAACAUGGUUUGGUUGGUCAAGAUGCUUUAGAUUUAAUCAACGAAGCCAAAGCUAAUGUUGAAUAUAUUCCAGUAUAA